AUGUCAAGGGUGACAUCUGACAGUACUAUCUCAGCUCUUCGUGAAAUAUUUGCUAAAAAUGGGUUACCUGAGCAGAUAGUUUUCAAUAACGGCCCACAAUUCACAGCAUCAGAAUUUGAAAACUUCUGCAAAUCAAACGGAAUCAAACACAUGAAGUCACCUCCAUAUCAUCCAGCCACAAAUGGUCAGGCCGAACGAUUCGUUCAAACAUUGAAGAUGAAGAUGAAGAGUUUGAAACAAGAGAAAGAAUUCAAACACAAGUUGGCUACAGUUUUGCUCUGGUAUAGAAGCACACCACAUGCAACAACUGGGGUAUCACCAUCAGAACUAUUUCUACAGAGACGAAUCAGAACUCGUUUGGACUUACUACAUCCAAGCAUGGAAAAUCGAGUGUUCUCAAGACAAACCAUGCAAGAGAAGAGUCCUAUGAAGCAUACAUUUCGAGAGUUUGCAGUCGGACAAACAUUUUGGGCUCGAAACUACAGAGGGACUGCCAAGUGGGUUGGAGGAGAGAUACUGGGACAACUACGUCCAGUCUCAUAUGAGGUCAUUGUGUCAGGAGGUGAAUGGAAACGUCAUGCAGACCAGUUGAGAGAUUGGACAGAAAACUUAGGACAAAAGCACAGUAACGGAACAAUGACAACAUUACCUGAUGUUCAGUUUCAAGGAGAUAGAGUAAGCAACAGUGUAAUUCCACAGUCAAUAUAG